AGCAGACCCUUGACUCCGGCAACAUUGCUCCUACUUAAUCUACUCAAUCCAUCCCAAUCCUAAUUGGCUAAAAUGGAGAAUGGCACAGAGGGCAAGAACUUCUACAUCCCCAUGAACAACAGGACGGGGCUUGUGAGGAGUCCUUUCCAUUAUCCACAGUAUUAUUUGGCAGAUCCAUGGAUGUUCAAGCUGCUUGCCGUCUACAUGUUCUUCCUCAUCUGCACUGGCUUCCCCAUCAACUUCCUGACACUGAUGGUCACAGCUCAGAACAAGAAACUCAGGCAACCUCUCAACUUCAUCCUGGUCAACUUGGCUGUGGCUGGACUCAUCAUGGUCUGCUUCGGUUUCACCAUCACCUUCGUCACUGCUAUCUACGGCUACUUCAUUUUUGGAACAAUGGGCUGUGCCCUUGAGGGAUUCAUGGCUACUCUUGGAGGUCAAGUUGCUCUCUGGUCAUUGGUGGUCCUGGCUGUUGAGAGAUACAUUGUUGUCUGCAAACCCAUGGGAAGCUUCAAGUUCUCUGGAACCCAUGCUGGAGCUGGAGUUGCUUUCACCUGGAUCAUGGCUAUGUGUUGCGCUGUCCCCCCACUGGUUGGAUGGUCCAGGUUCAUUCCUGAGGGUCUGCAGUGCUCCUGUGGACCUGACUACUACACUCUUGCUCCAGGCUUCAACAAUGAAUCAUACGUCAUGUACAUGUUCACCUGUCACUUCUGUUUGCCAGUUGGCACAAUCUUCUUUACCUAUGGAAGCCUUGUGCUGACAGUCAAAGCUGCCGCAGCUCAGCAGCAGGACUCAGAAUCCACCCAGAAAGCUGAGAGGGAGGUCACACGUAUGUGCAUCCUGAUGGUCUUGGGCUUCUUGGUGGCCUGGACACCAUAUGCUAGCUUUGCUGCAUGGAUCUUCUUCAACAAGGGUGCAGCUUUCUCUGCUGUAGCUAUGGCUGUCCCUGCCUUCUUCUCCAAGAGCUCAGCUCUGUUUAACCCUAUUAUCUAUGUGCUGUUUAACAAACAGUUCCGUAACUGCAUGCUAAGCACUAUUGGCAUGGGUGGCAUGGUGGAGGAUGAGACCUCAGUUUCUACCAGCAAGACAGAAGUCUCCUCUGUAUCUUAAGGAUAGAAACUUCACACCUAAAGACAUCCUUCUUCCUGUUGUCUUCCGGAUUCUGUAUGGCUGUCUUCAAGUGAAAAUAACCAAAGGAAACAAGCUAAUGAUCUUUUCUGCAACAAAUGGACAUUUAAAUGGGAAUACAUGCUGAUGUCAGCUUUUACUCUGCACAUUCUGAAAAACAACAGCAGAAAGAGAAUCUACGGAACAUCUCUGAAACAUAGCAGGAAGUGUUUUCUUAUAAUUGAUAUGGUGGUAUGUUUGGAUGUGUGGGUGGAUGCUUGUUGAAUGGUUGAAUAUUGUGGAGAGGUCAGCAUGUCUGUUGGCCUUUGUCAUAAUAUUCCGCACAUAUUUUAUAAACAAAAAGAUUAGAAAAGUUAUUAAAUGCAUGCAUGAAAAGA